GCCUUUAAGAGCGUCAUCGCACAUUGUGUCGGUACCGGUGUCCGCUGUUUCGUGUUGUGUUUUCAUUCCCCUUCUGUACGGUCAUGUCUGCUCAUUCCGCCGAAGAACCGUUCCCGUUUCACGGGCUGCUCCCGAAAAAAGAAACCGGCGCUGCUUCGUUCCUCACCAAGUACCCGGAGUACGAUGGCCGAGGGGUGCUCAUCGCGAUCCUCGACACCGGCGUGGACCCAGGGGCCCCGGGCAUGCAGAUCACCACAGAUGGAAAGCCGAAGAUCGUGGACAUCAUCGACACGACGGGCAGCGGCGACGUGAACAUGUGCACGGUGGUGGAGGUGAAGGAGGGCAGUGUGAGCGGCCUGACGGGACGCACACUUAAAAUUCCUGCAGCGUGGGUGAAUCCCACAGGGAAAUAUCACAUCGGAGUAAAGAACGGUUAUGAUUUCUUCCCUAAAGCUCUUAAAGAGAGAAUACAGAAAGAGCGUAAGGAGAAGCUGUGGGAUCCGACACACCGAGCGGCUCUCGCUGAGGCCAGCCGCAGGACAGAAGAGUUUGAUCAAACACACACAAACCCCUCACAGAUGGAGAAGCUCCAGAAGGAGGAGCUGCAGUGUCAUGUGGAGCUGCUGGGAAUGCUGGAGAAGAAAUACAGUGAUCCUGGACCCGUGUAUGACUGUAUAUCAUGGCACGACGGGGUCACGUGGAGGGCUGUGGUGGACACGUCUGAGUGUGGAGAUCUGUCGUCCUGCACUGUCCUCAGCUCUUACAGAGAGAGACAGGAGUUCUGCACGCUGGGAUUCGCAGAAAUGCUCAACUUCUCCGUCAACAUCUACGACGAGGGAAACACACUCUGUAUUGUCACCAGCGGAGGGGCCCAUGGGACACACGUGGCCAGCAUCGCAGCAGGUCAUUUCCCAGAUGAACCCGAGCGUAACGGUGUGGCUCCUGGAGCUCAGAUCCUGGCGCUGAAGAUCGGAGACACUCGCCUGAGCACCAUGGAGACGGGAACCGGCCUCAUACGAGCGAUGAUUGAAGUUAUAAACUAUAAGUGUGAUCUUGUGAACUACAGUUACGGUGAAGCGACGCAUUGGCCAAACUCAGGGAGAAUCUGUGAGGUCAUCACGGAGGCUGUACAGAAGUAUAAUGUCAUGUUCGUGUCGAGUGCAGGGAAUAACGGCCCGUGUCUGACCACUGUGGGCUGUCCUGGAGGAACCACCAGCAGUGUGAUCGGAGUGGGAGCGUAUGUUACUCCAGAUAUGAUGGUGGCUGAGUAUUCUCUGAGAGAGAAGCUUCCUCCUAAUCAGUACACCUGGUCGUCCCGCGGGCCCUGCACAGACGGCGCUCUGGGCGUCAGUAUUAGCGCUCCGGGCGGCGCCAUCGCCUCCGUGCCCAACUGGACGCUGCGCGGCACACAGCUGAUGAACGGCACCUCCAUGUCCUCCCCGAACGCCUGCGGAGGAAUCGCCCUGGUGCUGUCAGGUCUGAAGCAGAACGGUCUGCGGCCCACAGUGCCGGCGGUGCGCAGAGCUCUGGAGAACACUGCUCUGAAGGUGGAGGAGAUCGAGGUGUUUGCGCAGGGACACGGAAUCAUACAGGUGGAGCGGGCGUUCGACUACCUCAUGCAGCACAGUUCUCUGGCCUCCAGCAGUCUGGGCUUCAGCGUCAGUGCAGGAUCUCAGAGAGGGAUCUACCUCAGAGACGCCACACACGUCACUGCGCCAUCUGACCACGGCGUCGGCAUCGAGCCGCUCUUUCCAGAAAACACCGAGAACGCAGCUCGUAUCUCUCUGCAGCUUCACCUGGCGCUGGUCUGUAAUGCGGCCUGGGUUCAGUGUCCGUCCCAUCUGGAGCUCAUGAAUCAGUGCAGGCAUGUGAACGUGCGCAUCGACCCACAGGGCCUGCGAGAGGGGCUGCACUACACAGAGGUGUGUGGAUACGACACGUCUGCUCUCAGUGCCGGCCCGCUUUUCAGAGUGCCCAUAACCGUUAUAAUCCCUACCAAAGUAUCUGACAGUCGCAGUCAGGAGCUCUCUUUCACUGAUGUCCACUUCCGGCCAGGACAGAUCCGACGCCACUUCAUCACCGUCCCUCAAGGAGCAUCAUGGGCAGAGAUCUCGCUGACGUCUCACACUGGCGACGUGUCCUCGAAGUUCGUCCUGCAUGCGGUUCAUCUGGUGAAGCAGCGAGCGUAUCGAGCCAACGAGUUCUACAAGUUCUCCUCGCUGCUGGAGAAAGGCUCGCUCACAGAGGCCUUUCCAGUGCUGCCAGGACGAACUCUGGAGCUGUGUAUUGCGCGCUGGUGGGCCAGUCUCGGUGACGUCACCAUCGAUUAUGUCAUUUCCUUCCACGGCCUGGUGACGUCGCCCUCUCCUAUUCACAUCCACGCUUCUGAAGGCAUUUCCAGUUUUGAGGUUUGCUCUCCAUUGAGAUACGAAGAUGUUUCUCCAACAAUCACACUGAAGAACUGGGUUCAGCCGCUGCGGCCUGUAAGUGCUAAAAUCAAACCGCUGGGCUUGAGAGACGUGUUGCCCAACAACAGGCAGCUCUAUGAGCUCGUCCUCACGUAUAAUUUCCACCAGCCGAAGAGCGGCGAGGUGACGCCCAGCUGUCCGCUGCUCUGUGAGUUAUUAUACGAGUCUGAGUUCGACAGUCAGCUCUGGCUCCUGUUUGACCAGAACAAGAGGCUCAUGGGAUCUGGAGACGCGUACCCACACCAGUACUCUCUGAAGCUGGAGAAAGGUGACUACACAGUGCGUCUGCAGGUGCGUCACGAGCAGCAGAGCGAGCUGGAGCGUCUGAAGGAUCUGCCAUUCGUAGUGUCUCACCGUCUGUCCAACACACUCUCGCUGGACGUCUACGAGACGCACCGCGCCGCCCUGCUGGCCAAGAAGAAGGCCAACUCCAUCACACUGAGCCCCGGCGCCUCACAGCCAUUUUACAUCACCAGUCUGCCCGACGACAAGAUCCCCAAAGGCGCCGGUCCGGGCGGGUUCAUCUCCGGCUCUCUGGUUCUGCCCAAGAGUGAGUUCGGCAAAAAAGCACAGGGACAAGCUUCAGCCAAACGACAAGGAAAAUUUAAAAAGGAUAUCGUGCCAAUCUUUUACCACCUGGUUCCUGCUCCCAACAAAAGCAAGAACGGGAAAGAGAAGGAGAAGGACUCGGAGAAGGAGAAGGACGUGAAGGAGGAGUUCAGUGAGGCGCUGCGGGACCUGAAGAUCCAGUGGAUGAGCAAACUGGACAGCAGUUCCCUGUAUGAGGAGCUGAAGGACGCGUUUCCUACACAUCUGCCACUGCACAUGCAGAGACUCCAUCAACUCGACUCUGAGAAGGAGCGUCUGAAGCAUCUGCCGGAGAUUGUAUCCGCUGCAGAGUCCGUGAUGUCACACAUUGAUCAGACGGCGCUGGCGGUUUACCUCACCAUGAAGACGGACCCACGGCCCGACGCCGCCUCCAUCAAGAGUGAUAUGGAGAAGCAGAAGGCGUCUCUGCUGGAUGCGCUCUGCAGGAAGGGCUGUGCUCUGGCCGAUCAGCUGAUGCAGACGCCGCUGCAGGACGGGGCCAGUGCCGGACAGGUGAGCAGCUCGGAGGAGGAGUCGGUGGGCGUGGCCAAAGCUCUGACUGACACCUUCUGGGAGCUGCAGAAGUGGGCGGAGCUUACGGACUCAAAGGUUUUGUCGUUCUCCUAUAAACAUGCGCUAGCCAAUAAGAUGUACGCACGAGCCCUGAAAUACGCCAUCAAGAUUGUAGAGGACAAACCCAGCAGAGACAACUCCAAGAACUGCUUACAGCUGAUGCGUUCUCUGGGCUGGACACACUGCGUCUCGUUCACUGAGAGCUGGCUGCCGAUCCUCUUCCCGGCAGACUUCACACCCUUCUAAUCAUCACAAACACACACACACACACACACACACACACACACUCCUGUUUUUAACCAAGAGGAGACUUUUAAUGCCUUCUGGAUCAUCACAAACCAAACCUCACAUCACACACACACACACACACACAUCCCUCAUGGACCCCAUGAUGCCUUCAGUGUGUGUUUGACUGACUCUUCAUCAGGACGUGUGUUAAACACAUGCAGUUUAUUGACUGAGACAUGAUUAUGGAGCGUUUGCUCACAACUGUUUUUCAUAACAACAAUACAAGCGUAAAUAUAUACGGCAAUAUGAUGGACAUCGAGUGUGUGUGUGGGUGUGUGUGUGUGUGUGUAUGUGGCGCUCACGUUUCACCCUACAAAAAGAAAACUUCCUUUUUUUUUGUUCUAAUAUUUGGAUUAAACUUAUUUUGUUUAAUUUGUUUACCUUUUUUGAUCAAUUUAAUUACAUUUUUACCCCCCCCCUCAAUUUAUUUUAUUUUUUUUACAUUUAUUUAUUUUUAUUUCUUAUAUUUUAAAUAUUUUUUUCCUCGUUUGAAUUUAUUUUCCAUUUCUUCAUUAUUUUGGCUUGACCCUAGUGUGUGUGUCAAAUGUAUGCAUGUUUUCUAAACACACGAGGGUCUCGUCAUGUGCCGUUCUCUCGUCCGUCUGCAGGGUUUUCUCUUUUCUGAGCCUGGACUCAUUUCUCUUUUUUGGCCUGUGUGAAACCAAGACAUUUUUUGCGCACGUGUGUGUGUGUGUGUGUGUGUGUGUGUGUGUGUGUGUGUGUGUGUGUGUGUGUGUGUGUAUGUGUGAGCCUUCAUUAAGGGUUCAGACGCAGUAAAUGCAGAAGAGACGACGCCAGCCAGCAUUCAUGCUCACAUUUUCAGCAGCUCCUCCAGAUUCGCAUUCAAGCACAUCUCCUCCGCGGGUCGCCACUUUUCUAUUGUGUGUGUGUGUUGUUUGUUGAUUUUCAGGGUGAUGCGAAAGGCAGGAUCUUCAAAAAUGGCCUUAAAUAUUCACAAUCAUUAAAGGGACAGUUCAGCCAAAAAAUGAUUAGCGAGAUUGUUUGAGUUUCUUUCCUCUGUGGAACACAAAGACAUUUCUUACUUUAGCAGAACAUUCUUCAAAAUAUCUUAUUUUGUGUUGGCCAGAAGAAAGAAAUUCAUAAAUGUUUACAACCACUUAAAUAAAUGAGAACAUUUGUAUGUUUUGGCGUGUACUGUCUCUUUAAACCCGUCCGUUUCCUCCGCACUCUUCAGGAAAUCUCAUAUCACUCUCUAUUAAGAAUCCCUUGAAUAUCUUCAGAUAUAUUUAUGGAUGUCUUGUAUUUAUAAAGUACAGAUGAAAUCUAGUUAAUGCCAAUAUUUUAAAGUCAUUUUAAUUCAUGCAUAGAGUAGUUAGGUGUUCUUUUAUAUCCAAUGCUAUUCGUGGGAUGUUUCAGAAAUGACAGACGGUUAUUUUGUUAAAUGUGCUGAACGAUGAUGAUGAUGAUGAUGAUGAUGAUGAUGAUGAUGUAUUUGAGGAAGAUUCGGAAUAAAAUGAUCUGGAACUGA